AGCUGAGAUGGACAAGGAACAGAAAAGGGACUCUUGAGAUCAACGUGUGGUCCUUGAGGAGAGGGAGUGUGAGGUGACCCAGCAGGAGAAGGAUCUAACUUCUCAUGAACAGGCCUCCAUCUGCUGGAUAAGGGGACUUAAGGCUGCCCCUUGCUCCCUGAACCUCUUCUGUUUAAAAUAAUAAACAUAUAAAUUAAGAUGGCUUCUCAGGGCAGUGUGCAAGGGGAGAGAUUUGUCCAACCCUGUGUCUCCCUGCCCAUGUUUUGUCCAUGGUUAGUUGGGGAGCCUGAGAGCACUGCAUUUAAGGGAGCUCUCAAAUAAUACACACAGCAUCGCUUUCCCAAGCCCUCUUCUCCUUGGGCUACAGUUGGGGGGCUUUCUCCAAGCCCAGGCUGUGUUGCUGGCUCUGUCUGUGGCUACUCUCUCUUCCACCUCAUUGGCCAUGGAAUGUGCUCUCCUCCAUUUCUGUUUUCUGAGGCAAACACAGCAACGAAUACAGCAAAGUCUCAAAUGAAGUAAGGACCUAUGUGUUGAACAUGCAUUUCUAAGGCAGAGCUGUAGCCAAAGUGGCAUGACAGAGAUAGGACUGGGCCUCACUUCUGGUUUGCGGUCCUGAGCUGUGCCAGACACAAUGUAUUACAACAGUGUGCUACUACUGGCAUGACAGCAGCCCUGGAAAAGAGAGAGCCCUCCUCUGGAUAGGCUGUACCUUCUGUGCAUACGUGGUGUCCAUCCAUGUGAAUGCUAGAUAUUGAUGUGAAAUUUAUAUUGUAAACCCGUAUUCUCUGCAUAAAUUUAUAUCACAGUAGAUUAUAAUUUAUCAACUGUGAUAUCACUCAGCCAUCAAAGUGACAGGAGAAACCAUCAUCAACAACAACUGUAAUAUAUUAGUGCACAAUGCACUAUGCACUUCUUCUACAUUUUGCCCACCUUCUUAUCCAUUUGUUUUCCAGAUCUUGUUCCACAUCCUACAAAUGCAGAUUGCAGUGCUUCUAAAGACUUGAUCCAAAAAGUAAUUUUCUCAGAAGGUUUCCUUAUUAUUAUCAUGGUCUUCACCACCAGCGGCACCCUGAUCAUCAUUUGUAGACAGGGAAAUUGUGGAAAUCGCAGGGUAUUGGAUGAUCCUGAAAGAGGUCAAAAGCUUGAGGAAAUCACACCACUCCUGGAGGAAUAUGGCCAAAACUGUGAUGAAAACAGUGAACUUCAGGACAGACUGAAGAAGCUUGCGGAAGAGAACGACCAACUCAAGAAUGACAAAAAGAAGCUUGAGAAAGAGAAUGAAUGGAGAAGGGCUCGCAAUGAAACAGAUGACAUCACGCUUGAUGCAGACACGGCCCACCCCAAUCUCUCCAUUACUGAGGAAAAGAAGAGUUUGAAACAUGAAGCCCAACCUCAGAAAGUUCCACCAAAUCAAGACAGAUUUGAUUCAACUGUCUGUGUAUUAGGCUCUGAAGGCUUCUCCUCUGGAGAGCACUACUGGGAGGUGGAUGUCAGGAGCAGCACUGACUGGGACUUGGGAGUGGCCAGAAAAUCCACAGAGAGAAAAGGAAAACUUUCCCUGUCCCCUAAAAAGGGAUUCUGGACUCUGGGUCUGAAUGGGAGAGAUUAUUGGGCAAAAACAGAUCCAUGGACCCAGGUCAUGGUACAGAAAAAGCCCAAGAAAAUUGGAGUUUACCUUAGUUACCAAGAGAGGCUGGUGACCUUUUUCAGUGUAACUGAUAUGUCUGUGUUGUUCACAUUUAACAAUUGUUCAUUCUCAGGAGAGGUUUAUCCAUUCUUUAAAAAUUCUCACAAAGAAACAACAAUGAGAAUUUCUUCAAUUAAAGAAAAGGACUAAAUUUAAAUUGGCAGCAAUGCUCAGUUUUGUUGUUCACAUUAAGCCAAAGCCGCCAAUGCUUCAUGACACUGUUGACCAAACUGAAGCAAAGUAACAGAGGAAAGAUGAUCUGGAACAACAUUGCCUGUGAAAUUAUACUGUACUUACACACAUUGCUAAUGUGGCAGGGGUGGUUCCCCAUAUAAGGAAUGGAAUUUUACUGGAAUCUGUAAAACUGAGCUUUCACAAAUAGAGCCAUUAACUAGGAAUGUAUAUUUUUUCAUUGCUAACUACUAGUUUAUUUAGAUAAGGUAUCAUUAGCAGCUAAGAGUCAGCAAAUAUUAUCUUACAUUAUACCAAUCUUUCUGUGCUAAAGUGUAUAACCAGUCUUCAAGUCAGGUAUAAACAUAGGUGGGGUAUGCACACAAUCUUGAGAAAAUUUGACCAGCUACAUUGCUGUCUUCAGAAUGGGUUGGCAAGGAAUUGACUUUUCCUAUCUGUGUCAUGCUGUGUUUAUCUUUGUUUAAUAUUUUUUAUUAAUAAAAGGUGAUG